AUGUUUUGUGACAGAAUCGGCAGUGAUGGGCCCGUCACGUUCACAAUCCAACAACACUCCAAAGACUUGGUGUGUCUGCUAACCUACGUCCGACGCAACUCCCAACUCUUUGACGUUCGACUCAAAGUGGAGGAAGUGGUCAUCAACGCCCACAGAAUAGUCCUCUGUGCCUGCUCCAAUUACUUCAGGAAAAUGUUUCUGUGUGGAAUGGUCGAGUCCACGUCUGACGAGAUACAUAUUCAGAACGUGGAUUCAAGGAUAAUGCAACUCAUCGUGGACUACGCUUACACUGGGGAAAUUCUCAUUUCUUCACAAAACGUGGAAAGACUGUUGGCAGCCUCAGUCUUGCUGCAAGUCCAGGCAGUGACGGCCAGUUGCUGCACUUUUCUGGGGAAUAAGAUGACCCCCUUGAAUUGCAUGGCAAUCGCCCGGUUUGCCACGACACACGCGUCCCCCGAAUGUCAGGCUCUUUGGGAGAAGGCGGUCGAAUAUUCCUUCACCAGGUUCUCAGAGGUCUCCAAGUCGGAUGACUUUCUACAACUCCCUGAAGAAGAACUCGUCCAAAUCCUGACGAAUGAACGACUGUUUACUCGUGUAAGAAUGAGUGCUUAUUCAACAUGUUGUGCUACGUCCUCUCAUAUUUAUGUGGUGGGGGGAUAUGACGGGGAGAAUAUCAUGUCUUCUGUGGAGAGGUACGACCCCCUCACGGACACCUGGAGUCUGAUGUCCCCCAUGCCCGUCCCUGUCAGCGGACUGGCCUGUACGGCAGUGUGUCCGGAUAUAAUAUUUGCCUUUGGUGUGAUCAGUGUCCACAUUUUAGGCGGAUAUAAUGGUCGGGAAUUUGUCAAUCAUUUGCAAAUUUAUAAUAUCGAGAGUGAUCAGUGGAGGAACCAGCCUACCGACAACUUUGGAAGGACGGGUCACGGCGUGAUUGUUGGGGGGAGGCCUCAAAUUAUUCACCAGUUGGUCUUUGUCGACUAUUGUAGGAUGAGAGGGCAGAAUAUUUAUUACAUGUGUGGUAGUAUUAAAUGA